AUUAUAUUUACAUUUAUGUGAAAUAUGUAAUAUAAAACACGCUCAUCCCAAAAAAGGUUUAGUAAUAAAACCAAUUAUAUCUAAAACUUUUAAUUCUCAUGCACAAGUUGAUUUGAUAGAUAUGCAAAGUAAUAAAGAUGGUGAUUUUAAAUUUAUUUUGGUUUACCAAGACCAUUUUACUAAAUUUGUUUCUUUAAGAUCUUUAAAAACAAAAACGGCAAGCGAAGUUGCAUACAAUCUUAUAGAUAUUUUUUGUAUAUUUGGAGCUCCGUGCAUACUACAAUCAGACAAUGAUAGAGAGUUUGUUAAUCAUAUUAUAAAUGAUUUAGUUUUAAUGUGGGAUGGUUUAAAAAUAGUACACGGGAAGCCACGUCAUUCGCAAAGUCAGGGAAGUGUUGAGCGAGCUAACAAGGACAUCGAAAAAAUCAUUUAUGCUUGGAUGGAAGAAAAUCAAUCUAGGAAAUGGAGUGAAGGAUUGAGAUUUUGUCAAUUUUCCAAAAAUAGUGCUUAUCAUGCUGGCAUAAAACAACCUCCAUAUGAAGCUAUGUUUGGAAAAAAAGUUAGUCUUGAAUUAAAAAUGUCAUUUUUACCCAAUGAUAUAAUAAACAAUGUAAAUGACGAAAAUGACUUACUAAAAUUUGUAGAAAAUGAAAAUGAAAAUGAAAUGGAGGUAUUAAAUGAAAAUGAAAAUGAAAUGGAGGUAUUAAUUGAAAAUGAAAAUGAAAUGGAGGUUUUAAAUGAAAAUGAAAAAAUUUUAGUCAACCUAUCUGAACAAAAACAGCAUUUUAAAAAAGCACGGGAAAAGGCUACUGAUGGAUUAGUGGCGCAAGCAAAAAAAAUAAAAUUAAUGAGUGAAAAUCAAUUUUCACCUCUAAAUGUAAAAAUGACAGUGAAAAUUCCAGUGCCUUGUGUUGAUAGAGGAAAAGUCGAUGCAAAUAAUGUGUUAGGUGUUAUAUUAAGUGUUACAGAUGAUGGAUUUUAUAAAAUAGGAACCAAAAAUGGAAUUUUGUCAUCACUUUAUGCCAGAAACCAAAUAUUUCAAAGCAAGGAACAGUUUAUUAGUAGCAAUGAUGUACCGAAUAUCGAAAUACCACUGAGGACUGCUAGUAUUCAAAAUUCAUUAACUGGAGAACAAGGGUAUAUUUUUUGUUCUUGCAAAACUAAGUGCACUACGAAACGAUGCAAAUGUAAACAACAAAAUAUUUUGUGUAGUUCUAAAUGCCAUGGUUCUAAUAUGUGUAGCAACAAAUAA